AUGCAGGGCAGCCAAAAGGACGCGCAGGAGGAAGCUGCACGGGCGCUCGAGCUGGCCGUGGCGUCGGCGCACGCGGCCGCGGCGGCCGCCGCGCAGCAGCUUCGGGACGAGCACGCGCGGCAUGUCGCGGCACUCGAGGCGGCGGCGGCGGAGGCGGCGCGGGCGCGCGAGGCGGAGGCGGCGCGGGCGCUGGAGGGGGCGCGGGCGGCGGCGUCUGCGGCGAGGUCGCAGGCCGAGGCGGCCGCGUUAGAGGUUGCGCGGCGGCAUGAGUCCGCGCUGUCCGAGGUCCAAGCGGCGCUCGCCGAGUCGGAGGCGCGCGCGGCGGUACGCGCGGCCGACCUGGAGCGGCGGUGCUCUGCAGCGCGGGGCCAGGGGGAGGCGGCGGCGGCGCGGGCGGCGGCGCUGGAGGAGGCCAAGGGGCAGCUGGAGGAAGCAAACCGGAAGCUGCAGGGGGCGGUCAUGAGCAAGACUGCGGAGCUGCAGGCGGCAAUCUUGGCCGCCAAGCAGGAGCAAGCCAACCGCGAGGCGCUGCUGCGGGCAGCCCACCAGGCCGAGGCUGCGGCCGCGGCGGCCGACGCGGCCGGCACCGCGCAGCAGCUGCGCGAGGCGGCGGAGGCGGCGGCGCGGGAGGCUGCAGCGCGUGUGGCGGAGCUCCAGCGGGAUGUGUCGGCGUGGCGCGCGCGCUUUGAAGGCCGGGAGCCCCGGCCUGAGGAUGUGGCGCGCAUCGGGCAGCUGGAGGGGGCGGUCCGGGAGCGCGAUGAGGCGCUGAGGGGCGCUGAGGGCCGCAUGGCCGCCCUGAGGAACGAGCUGCUACUCAGGGAGGAGAACUACAACAAGCACUUCAAAAACGGCGGCGCCGCCGAGCGCGUCCUGGACGUCGGCGCGGCCCUCAACAGCCAGCAGAGCGUGAUGGGCUGGAUGAUCAAGCCCAAGCGCGCCACCGCGGACCGCGACGCCGGCGGCGGCAGCGGCGGCAACGGCGGCGGCAGCAGCUCCGGCGCGCCGUCGCUGCCGCCCAUCCCUGGGGGCCAGCCGAGCCUGAGGCAGACCAACAGCGGCGGCAGCGGCGGUGGCAUCGGCAGCGGCGGCGUCUGCGGCGGCGGCAGCGGCGGCGGCGGCGGUAGCAGCGGCGGCGGCAGCGGCGGCGGCAGCGGCAGCGGGAGCAGGAGGGCGUCGUUCAAAGGGUCGGCGUUGUUCAAGGCGGGGCGCUGA